GUUUCUGGUCGAUUUGGAUUAUUUAUUACAUGCGUUGUCCUAGAUAACAUCGGGUUCAUAUGUUCAUAUAAAUAAUACAUCGGGAUCGAAGUUUGUGACGUCACUGUAGCAACGUCACAGAUAUUCCUACCUUGGAGACCUGCGAUUGAGGUUUGUUGUAUAUUUACCAUACACUCAGAAUUUUUAUCAAAAUCAUGCCAAAACAGAGACCGGAUCCACAGUUGUCCGUACCAUACGGUAGACCGAUCACUCGGCAUACGGAGGACCAUUCGCUUGUUGAACUUGACUGCAGUGAGCUGGACCCGACUAAAAAAAUGACUAAAGCUGAGGUCGAGCUUUUCUUGGUCCAGCCAAAAGCCAUGUUUAUUGACAGAGGACAGCCCCUCAGACCCCCUGUCCCUGUCAACGAGGAAGCUUUGAGAGAAUUUAUUAAUGAUAUCAUUGAAGUCUCCAUAGAGGAGCUAUUAUAUGGACCUGAGGCAAACAGAAUUGCUGAUGCUGACAUCAAAACAGCAUUCUUCAAUGCUACAAACAUUGACUGGGGGAAGAAGGUACUGACAAAGAGAAAAAAAAAAAAUGUUUUUAAGAAAGCUCUGCAGUUCUGUUGUUGUUGCCUGGGAGUUUGAUUUUUUAAUUAUUAUAAUAAUAUCACGGAACUUUUUAAAACUGGAUUUAUUAAUACAUUUUUAUUUUGAUAAACAGAAUUUAUUUUUUUGAAUGUUACAUUUACACCAAGCUUUGAUAUAUUUCCUUGUUAAUUUUAUCUGAUUUGUAUAUUUUUUUCUUUUAAAACUUAUGUUAUAACAAAUACAAUUUCUAAUACCUUUGUUUGUGUUGUUUCUUUUUUGUUCCCUUGAGUGACUCAAACAUAUAUUGUGUCAAAUUUUAGCAAUAUGACUUUUGAAAAUUAAUGAAAUGUAUAUACAUAUAUGUUGGUGGGAGGGUGUUUAUGUGUUUUUGUGUGCAUGACUGCCUGAAUUUCCAGGAAUGGCGAAAAACGUUUGGAGUGAAUAUGAUCAAAUUUGGAUUUUAUUCUGGAUAAUACUUAAUUCAAAAUCUAGACCUCC